AAGGCCUUGGUAGUCGAGAAAAUAACCCUGUUGGUUUUCUAGAGCAUUCCGCCUUCAGGAAGCUAAGAUGGGAACCAAUAUGAGGGUGUUGAGUUUGCUGGCCAUUGUCAUCCUGCAAUGCCUUGCAGUUCAUGCGCACACAGACGGGAAUAAAAUCGUUGGUAGAACAGAGGCGAGACGGAUCCUUAACGAUCUCAGACAGAGGCACGAAUCACACGUCUCCAAGAGGUCAGCAGACAAUUUCGGAGAGGAAGAGGAAGAUAUUGAUCAGUUGUUGCUCCGAGCUUUAAGAAAAUUGGAAGAAGAAAAUGAAGAAAGCGAAGACGACAACGAAGACAAUGACAAGGGAAGCAACUACAGAGACGGAGCUAAACUAAUAGAUGAUGCUCUCAAGGGUAACGUUGACCCCGAUUCUGACGUGGUUAAUCUUCUAGAGAGUAUGUUUGUAGAUGAGGGAAACAGGCACAAUCUACACCCUGAUGGUAUUGACAAGAUAGCUCUUAAGAAAGGAAAAGUCUACGGUGACACCCACGACAAUCACAGACUCACACAGCAACAACUGGAUGAUUUGAAAAAUGGUGGUGGAAGAAGAAGGAGAAAUUUCUUAAAAUCGGCUCCACUUUGGCCAGAUAACAUUAUUCCAUACACAAUCGACACCAGUUUAUCUAGCAAACAAAGAAACGUGGACAUUAUAAAUAAAGGAAUUAAACAGUUUGACGACUACACGUGUUUGAAAUGGGUUCCCAAAGACUCCGACGAUGCCAAGAAAGUUACGCAUGGUUCCUACAUCGAGUUCUUCUCGGGAGAUGGAUGUUGGUCUUACGUUGGAAAAGUUUUUUCUGGAAAACAACAAGUUAGCCUUAGGGACCCUGGAUGUGUUUCAGUUUCUACAACAGUCCAUGAGAUGACACAUGCUAUAGGCCAAAUGCAUGAACAAUCCCGAAGUGACCGUGAUAAUCAUGUCACCAUGUUAUGGUCGAAUACACAAGGUGGAAGAGACAACUUUAACAUGGCAAAGAGCUCUACCCAUGACUAUAACCCGUAUGACUACGAGUCCGUGCUUCAGUAUAGUUUAACGGCAUUCUCAAAUAAUGGCAAGCCGACGAUGGAGUUUAGUGACCGCCGAUUGAAUUUCUUGGCUGAUUCUGCAACUGGCCUCAUGUUUUACGACAUCCAGGACAUUACUGAUGCAUAUGAUUGCACUAAACUGUGCACAAAACCCCUGAAGCAGUGUCAGAACGGAGGAUUUGUCCUACAUACCUGUGAUUGUCAUUGUCCUGGGGGGCUGACUGGAACACUGUGUGAAACACCUGUAACUGAUCCAGCUUGUGGUGGUGUAAUAAACUUAGCAGCAGGAGAAACUAAGACAUUAACAACGAUUAAUUUCAACAAUGGAGGUCCAUAUCCCACUGGUAAAAACUGUGUCUGGGUAGUGAAGGGUCCGGCUGGAAGAAAUGUCCAAAUGACCAUAAAGGAGAUGGAUUUAACAACGCAAAAUGGAGCGUGUAGCCACUGGUUAGAGAUACAGUAUAACCUGCUAGGACAGACAGGACCUAGACGCUGUGGAACAGUCGCUAAUGAGGUUUAUGUAAAGUCCGACAACGGCGACCCCACAACAAUGUUACUGAAAUUUGACAGUACUUUCGCUUCAUCUGCAUCAGCUGGCAAAGGAUUUUCUCUGGAAGUGACAAGCGUUGGUCAGACCUGCAAGUCAGCUCCCUGUAAGCAUGGGACGUGUAAUGAUGUCGGUGACACUUAUUCAUGCACCUGUGAUCCCAAUUUCACUGGAAAAAAUUGUGAUACCCUGCUUGGCACUGAUACGAUUUCUUGUGGAUUUGAAGCUGGACAAAACUGUCUCUUUACAAAUUCCCCUACAAACAACUACGACUGGAUCAUACGUUCGGGUAGCACGCCGUCUAGCGGGACGGGUCCAUCUAGAGCUAAGGUGGGAACACAAUAUAUGUAUGCAGAGGUUUCCAGCCCCGUAGCACAAGGAGAUAAAUUUCAACUUGAAACGCCUUUAAUUUUAGCUAUCCCAAGAUGCAUGUCUUUCUGGUAUCACAUGAAUGGUGAUUCUGUUGGAACACUGAACAUUUUACAAAAUGGAAACCAGGUCUGGACCAAAUCGGGAAGUCAGGGAAACCAGUGGAUUAAAGCUGAAGUUGAUAUUGCUGACACUGUCAAUUACCAGGUCACAAUUGAAGCUAUCCGUGGGAGUUCAUGGCAAGGUGAUAUUGCCAUAGAUGACGUUGUAUUAUCGUCAACACCUUGUGGUCAACCAUCAACUCCACAACCAAGUACACAAGCACCAACUACUCAACAACCAACAACCCGCCAACCAACAACACAACGGCCGACAACGCAGGCGCCAACUACACGAGCGCCAACAACGCAGGCGCCAACCACACGAGCGCCAACAACGCAGGCACCAACAACCCGCCAACCAACAACGCUACAGCCAUCAACACAACAACCAACAACUCGUCAAUCGACGUCACAACCAGUUACAACUAGGCCUACAACUACUCAGCUGGACCUCCACUGUACCUUUGAAGAUAAUACUUGCUUCUUGCGAGAUAUAAGUUCAGAUUCUUUUGACUGGACGAUUAAAUCAGGAGGUACACCAUCACGUGGAACAGGGCCCUCGUCUGCUUAUGAAGGAAAUAAGUAUUCUUACAUAGAAGCAUCAGGAAAAAGGACAAAUGCAGCAGCCAAGCUGCAAAGUUCAGAUAUUGCAACAAGCCAGAUUUUCUGUCUGUCUUUCGCUUAUCAUAUGUAUGGCAAAAAUAUGGGUUCCCUGACGGUGGACAUUAUAUCCGCUGGUAACAACCAGACUCUGUUCAGUGAAAGCGGGGACAAAGGAAACAAGUGGAAAACAGCAUAUAUUUCAGUUCCACCAACAAGUGGCAAUAUUGAAUUUACUGCCACCCGUGGAGGAGGUUUCCGUAGUGACAUAGCAAUUGAUGACGUUCACUUCCUGUCAGGUGACUGUGUUAUCCCCACCACCACCACACCCUCCCCUGUGAGUCCGCCUUUCAGCUGUACCUUUGAGCAGGGGACAACCUGUUUCCUGACUCAAUCAAAAUACGACGAUUUUGAUUGGACAAGUAAAAGUGGCCGAACCCCCUCUUCAAAUACUGGACCCAGCGCGGCAUUUGAAGGCAGUACAUACUCCUACACUGAAGCUACUGGUCGUGGGGAUGGAGACAGAGCUGUCCUUGAAAGUCCAGCAAUUAUAGCAGCUGAUUCAAUGUGCCUGUCCUUCGCCUACCACAUGUUUGGGAAUAAAAUGGGCGACCUGCAAGUCAUUUACGAUAAUAUGACAGUCUUCGCUGAGUUUGGGAACAAAAUGGACAACUGGCAUCAAGCGGAAGUAACUCUCCACCCCACCACCACAGGAACAAAUAUACAGUUUGUGGGUACACGUGGAGGUGGAUUCAGAUCAGAUAUUGCCAUCGACAACAUUCAAGUCACCAAUGGAGUGUGUGUGGUGGACUGCUCUGAUAAUCCCUGUAGCCCUAACAGAGUGUGUAUUCCGGAGCCAGGCACAACGGUGGGUUACAGAUGUGAUUGCGCACCAGGUUUAAGUGGACAACUCUGUGAAUUGGCUGUUGGUCCAGUAGAGUGCACAUUUGAGGAUGGAGAGAACUGUUUCCUAGAAAACGUAAAAUGGGACGAUUUUGAUUGGACCACAAAGUCUGGGAAAACACCAAGUAGCGGCACAGGGCCUGAUUCUGCCAUACAGGGUAAUAAAUAUGCAUACAUUGAGGCCACGAGACGUAGGAGAGGCAACAUGGCGGCAUUGAUGACUAAAAACCAAUUUGAAAGCGGAGAAAGGUGUCUAACUUUCCAAUACAAUAUGUACGGGGCAGGUACGGGUGAACUGAGAGUCAUGCAGCACUCUCUGUAUUCUAUGGAAAUUUUUUCUAAGACUGGUGAACAGAGCUCUUCAGGAAGUGACUGGAAAGUGGCUACAAUCGAUGUUUAUCAUGAUUCUAACGAUACGAUUAUGAUUGAAGCUACAAGAGGAGGGAAUUACAAGUCAGAUAUAGCAAUAGAUAAUAUUAGAUACGUUCCCGGACGAUGUGGUUGUGAUACCGUCACUUGUUUGAAUGGAGGGACUUGUAUGGAUACAGCCUCGGGAGCGUUUUGUCAGUGUCCACCAAUAUACUCAGGGAAUCUGUGUGAAACAUUCGGGGACAAUGCGCUUAGCUGCACCUUUGAUGACAACCCAUGCUUCUUGAAAAACGUCACAAAUUCAGAUACUAUGGAUUGGAUAGUAACAAAGGGAUACACCCCAAGUAGUGGAACAGGCCCAGGACGUCCACUGGAUGGGCCGUAUGCAUACAUUGAAGCUACCAGGAGGAGAAGCGGCAAUAAUGCUAUACUAACAUCUGAAACAACGUCCAUUCCCGAUGUUGGCCCCCGAUGUCUUCGAUUCUCCUACAACAUGUAUGGUAUGGGGGCUUCCGGUAUGGGGACCUUGCGCGUGUUCGCUGGAAACCGAGGCUCGGAGUCCGAGAUCUGGAGUCUGUCCGGAAAUCAAGGAGAUGUGUGGACUACAGUAGAGGUGGAAAUCCCGGCGGAAAAUGACCUCGUGGUAGGCUCUCUUUUAUCAUUUUUAUUAUCUCCUUUUCUGUACGCUGAAAUAUUAUUAUAACACAGAGUUUUCGCU